AUCGUGAGCUUCUCCCUGACCGGGAAGUCAGCCAACAUUCGCCGUUACUUGGCUCGCAGUUCUCGAACGCAGUGUUCGCGGGGGCGAGCGACGUCUUGGUCGGUUGACGAUCGACGUUUGGCUGUAGCCCUAUGGCUCGCCAGAAUUUCACCCAAUCAUAUAAGAGAACGCGAUGGGUGCUCGACGAUCGACUGAGAGAUCGCUGAACUGAGGACGUCAACCUCAAUGCCAACUGUUUACGACCAUGAGCAUAGAUGCGAUUCAGUCGAAAGUCGAUGCCGAAUACAUUGGGACCAAGAGUGCAUGAGAGUGAAUCCAUUGAUCAAUCAACCUAUCGUGCUGAUUAGAACCAGAGGAUGUGUGCCAAUUGGACCCCUAUGACACCUUAUCGUACCCCACAGACACAUCAUUCCAGAUCAUUUGAACCAUCCUUGCAUGACCUAAAUGAGUUGUCUCAACAAAGUGGGGACGGAUCCGUCAACGGGAGCGGAGGUCAGAUUUCCACCAAGUCCACCAAAGGAGCCAGCAAAAUGCGCAGGGACAUGAUCAAUGGUGAGAUUGCCAACUUGCGGGAUCUACUGCCCUUGCCCACAUCCACUCGCCAGAGGCUGUCCCAGUUACAACUCAUGGCCUUGGUGUGUGUCUACGUACGAAAAUCGAAUUACUUUAACCAAGUUUUCAAGUCUUUGGGACGCGCUCCAACCCUGUUUCACACGCCCUCAUUUGGAUUCUCCAAGGCCAUGAGUGGUUUUCUCAUGAUGUCCACGCAAAGUGGGAAACUCCUAUACAUUUCAGAUAAUGCCGCCGAAUAUUUGGGUCACUCUAUGGAGGAUCUCUUGAUCCACGGGGACAGCUUGUACGACAUCAUUGAUAAACAGGACCACGCUACGCUUCAGUCCGAACUCACCAAACGACCCACGAAUGGCGACAAUUACGCCGACGGGAGUGAUUAUAAAAUCUUCCUCUGUCGGAUGAAUGUGACCAGGAACUCCCGGCGGCAAAUGCGGUUUGGCGAUCAAAAGGUGGUUCUAAUUCGAGGGAAAUUCUCCGGUGUACUGCCUCUGUGUUCGCGAAAUGAGAACGUAUUCUUGUCUUGGUGCACCCCGAUUGCCAUGCCCGAAACACGAGAGUCCAUCGUUCAAGGAGCCACUAAUAUCUUCACGUCCGUUCAUGAAUUGGAUAUGAGGAUCGUGUCGAUUGAUGGAAAUGGCGAGUAUUAUUUGGGUUACAAGUCAGCCGAUGUGGUCGGAUUAUCGUGGUACAAUCUACUUCAUCCCGAGAGUGUCAAGGACAUUGAAACCAAACAUAGGCUAAUAACCCAGUCCGAAAGUGAUCGCUCUUGCAUUUGCCUGGUUCGCUUGCAACAAGCCGAAGGCACAUGGAUCUGGUGCCACACAGUCAUUCAAUUGCGCGAAGCCGGUGACACGGAUCAAAAUCCGAAUAUCCUAUGCACCCAUCAGAUUCUCAGUGCGGAGGAGGCGGGUGUGAUGCAAUCGAAUGGCUGGUUGUACCAUUACUACAUGCUUCACAAUCGGCUUCAAUAUAAUCUGGCGUACGGAGGUCAUCCAGGCAGCUUAUCUUCGAUCUACCCUCAAAUGUUGCACAUGUUGCCUCCACCUGCCACCCAGCCCUAUGACGAAGACUUCAAUGAAAACAUGUACGAUAUGCACAUGGAAUUUGAGCAAGGUCGGGCCGAGGCCUUGGCCUCCAUGUUUCAUCCCAUUAAACCCUCGUUCAAGAGCUUUAACAACGGUCGGAGUGCUUCGCCCACGGGCGGGAUCUACCGCAUGCCCGACAACGUUCAAAGGCCAGAUUUGGACCGGAGUCGAUCCAACUCUUGUUCCCCUGCCUCACCCAUGGGUGUGGCUAGUGGGCGAUCCGGUCGAGGGGUGGGCGGGCAUAAGAGUGACAAAAGCAGAGGAUCGCAUCAACGCCUGGGCUUGGAAGCCAGUCACAACGACAAGAACAACAAUCGAGAUUACCAUCACGACGAAGCGAGUACUUACACCUCUUUGGAAUAAGAGUCACUAUAGCUUUGAUAUGGGCCAGAAUGAAUAUGGUAUAUGUAAUAGCCACAUAUGUAUUUGAAAUAGAAAAGACCUGAAAAUGA